AUGGCUCUGCAGAGUGUGUGCUUCAUUGAUAAUGCAUGUGCACAUGUUGCAGACCACAAAGAGGAUCGGGCACGAAUCCGGGUAGAACAUAUUAUACGAGAGGACUUCCUUGUUGAAGCGUACGAGUUGCUGGAAAUGUACUGCGAUCUCCUGUUGGCUCGAUUCGGGCUCAUACAGCAAAUCAAGCAUAUUUCCUGCAGGCAACUUGAUGACGGUAUUGCGGAAGCAGUUAUUAGCAUAUUAUGGGCUGCGCCUCGUGUGGCUACGGAUGUAAGCGAAUUUAAGGUGAUAAGCGAUCAGUUGACAAUGAAGUACGGUAAAGCAUUUGCCGAAGCAGCUCGGUGCAAUCAGCUGGAAUAUCCCGCUAAGGUUUCACCAAAAUUGAUUGCGAAGUUGAGUGUACAGGCACCCCCAAAGCUUCUGGUGGAACGCUACAUGAUCGAGAUUUCAAAAAGUGCAGGAAUUCCAUUUACACCAGAUGCGAAUGUAAUGCGUGAAGACGAAGUGGCUGCUGCGGAACAGAUGCUCAUUGAUUUCAAAAAUCAAGGCGGCCAAGGAUACGGCUGGAUGUAUCCAGGAGACAGUAACAAUGCAAACAAGAAAGGACCGCCGGCUUCACCACCUCCACCAGAUGAAGGAACUGGAUACUAUCCGGGACCUCCGCCACCCCCACCUGCUGGCUUUAAAGGUGGUUUUGGUGGGUCAGGUGGUGGUGGUGGUGGUGGAGGAGGUCUGCCAGCACAACCUUCAUCAGAACCAGGUGAUUUUAUUGGGGAUCCAUCGAGUGAUAUUAAAUUGAAUCGGAAUGCUUCUCCAGGCGUGCCGUCAGCACCUCCCACCGAUGCUCCGCCGUUUUCACCAAAAACGGAUCUAGAAGACGCACAGUUUCCUGUGCCUCCAAACAAUGAUUUUCCGGACACAUUUGAUGCGGCGCCAUAUCCAACAUCUCAAAAAAGAGAUGAGCAUCCAUCAGACCACAAGGACGAGCUCGAUUUUGAUGAUUUGGCGAAACGCUUUGAUAUGCUGAAGAAGAAAGGCCCAAAUUAA